AUGCGAUCGGCGUCUCGAAUCGGGCCAAUGAUUGUGGUGAUCGGUGGAUGUACGGCGAUUCGAGAAGAAGGGACACUCAAAUCGAUUGAAAUAUUACAGACAUCUCCACAAUUAGACGAUGAUCGGUCGGUGCUUCAAAUGAAGAAAUUGAGAAAAACGCUGGAGAUGGAGAUCCCGAGAAGAGCCCCCACUGCAAUCCCGAUCGCAAAUCAGCAACCGGCAUUUGCUGUGAUUGGUGGUUGUUCGGCUCCAAUGAAACACCUCUCUUCAAUCGAAAUCGUUGAUCUCGGUGAUGAAAAGAAUAAUGAGACAUCCAAGUGCGAUUCGCCGUCUAUUAAUCGUCAUCUUUUUUCUUCGUCUCUUCCUGAACACAGUUGUGCUGCAUCAUGUUCGAUUAGAACAAACACUUCUGUGAUUGUCGGCGGAUUUGAUGGGGUCGACGCACUGAAAUCUGUCUCUAUCAUAGGGAUCAAUGAAAAGGGAGAACCCAUUGUGAAAAGGCUCAUCGAUUUCUGUUCUCCACUCAAAAAUGCGUCUAUGUUUUCGAUAAACGAGAGAGUAGUGUUAAUCAUGGGUGGAUGGGAUGGAUCGAGAACUCUUCAAACGAUAUUCAAGCUACAUUUCACCGAUUCCCUCGAUUCAUAUGAAUGGGAAAUGUCAGGUCUUCUCCCUUAUCCAAUUGAAGGGCAUUCUACAUCAAAAUGGCAAGAUUCAGCCUUCAUCUCUGGAGGAUUCGAUGGAAUUUCGGUCGUCGAUCACAUUUUGCGACUAAAUCUUGUCGACAACUCGAUUGAAAUUCUUCCAACAAAGCUUCGGAUUCCUCGAGAAAAUCACACGACGCAGAUAAUUGGCGACUUUUUGUUGGUGAUCGGUGGAUGGGAUGGACGAAAAGCUCUCGAUUCGAUUGAGGUAUUCUCUAUCUCAUCCGAUCCACCGUAUUUGAAGGAAAUCUCAUCAUCUCUUCAUCUUGAUGUACCCCGUAAUCGACCCACUUCAAUCAUGAUAUCUGCUCAAUACUCGGAUGAUCGGGUUAAAUACGGCUUUUUCCUUUCAAUCUAUUUAUUCAUUUUGAUGGAAUCCGAUGUUCGGAGAGAUCUCAAUAUUGUUUUACAUCAACGAGAGGAACAGAUACACGACCAACCCAUCCAAUCCGCAUCUACGUCAGCUCCAAAUGAACAAGUUUUGUUGGUGGAAUUGACGAGCCUUGAUGAGCUUUCUUUUCCAACAAACUCGAAUCGGAGAAUCAAGUACACCUGUGUAUCGGUAUCGAAACGUUUUCUGAUUGUUGGCACGUGUACGGGAACAGUCUAUGUAUUCAGCAGAUAUGCUUCACGACAUCGAUCAAAAUUAACAUCACUGCCGGUUAGUGUGUUCACAACGAGAGAUGGAUCUGUGAACAAACUCUUGAUCUCUCCGCAAGAAACCCAUGUGAGUGUGGGAAGUGAAAGUGGACGAGUAUCUGUUGCAUCGCUCACUUCACAAAACUCUUCUGAUCUUCCAUCAAAUACAGCAAUCAUUUAUACCGCUCCAGGAGAUGUUCGUCGAAUGGAUCGUGUCACUUCUUUGUGUUGGUCACCUCAAGGGGAAUCACUUUUUGUUGGCCAUUUCAGCGGAAGACUCAUUCAUCAUCGAAUUGGGUCAAAAAGUGUUUUCCGUGCCUCGCAUGAGCAACUUCAUCACUUUGAUGCACAAAUUGUACAGGUAUGUCAUUCGAAUGAGCAACUUUUGGUGUCAACGAGCUCUUUCUCAUAUCUUGUAUCACUGGAAACAAAACAACCGAUUCAGAUUGGUCGGAAAGUGAGAAAUGAGGCGAUGGGAGCGUGUUUUUGUGGAGAAGUAAAUGAGGGAAAAGAUCAAUCAUCAUCCUAUAUUGUUGCCGCUCGACCAAAGGGAAGAUUAUGGGAAGCAAAUUUAGCGGCUACAGUUUAUCGAACUCAUCAAUUUCGUGAACAAACGAAUGUCUCUCUUUAUCCGGCAAUCUCAUAUCGAUCACCUGUGUGUCUCGAUCAGAAUGGAUCAUCUGAACAAAUCAAAGAACUCAUCGACUUUCAGAGACUUGAUCCGCUGAUUUUCGAAGGACACCAAUUUGUUGCCUCAAUUGUCGAUGAUCGUUGCGUAAUUGCGGAUUUGGAAGGAUGUGUGGAUGAUGAAAGAGAAGAAAUAAAAGAAGGGCCAUCUCUGAGACUUCUAACAAAUUUUGGAACUGAAAUCGUUGACUAUUCAUGGAGUGGCACUGAUCUUUUUGUGCUUUAUUCGGGAGAGGGACGAUUACGAAAGUUCACUCUUUUACCAAUUUCAAAAGCAGUGGAAAAGUUGGCUCUGAAGAAAGCUUAUAAACAAGCGGCAAAACUUCUUCUUGAAAUGAAAUCACCAUUGAAUGUUGAAGUGGUGGAUCAAUAUCGAGAAGUGAUCGAAGCACUGCAACAGGCAACACAUCGAUCGACCGAAGCCGAUGCCUUGUUGAGAUCCUUGCAAAAGAGACUCGGCGAUUCUCAAUCGAAAAUUGAUCGUCGUUCCUCUAUCACUGCAAAUCAAUCGAUUUCACCCCGAGUAUCGCCACCAAAAAUGCAGAAGUUUGAGCCGAAAAGUCAGUCUCGUGUCUCAUCUCGUUUGCCGGCAUCGGUUGCUGCUAUCUUGAGUCGAUAUUCAAUGAAUGGACCAUUAAAAUCGUUGAAUGUUGGCAUUCACAAAGUCUACCCCGCUGGUCAAGGCAAUCAUUUCGAUGAUGACAAUAAGACUCGAUUAGAUGUGAAUCGCGAUCAAAAUCAACAAGACGAGAAAAAAGGACAACGAGAAAGAAGCAAAAGCUCAUCACCAUCACCAGUAAAUAGAAAAACUUCUCGCUUGAAUGAUGAUAAAUGGAUGAGUGAAGAUGAGACUCGAUCUGAUCGAAUUCCUCUACUCAAUCAGCAUAUUCUCAAGGCAAAAACGUUACUACAAAGCCGUGAAUUAUCGACUACUGAUCCAGAGGAAGUGAAUUCAUUGCGAACCCUUCUUGGACUCGAUCCAUCCGAGAAACCACUUGAAUGUGUACAAUUUAUACCAACUGUGACUCUUGCAUCGGCUCCUCGCUCCCUUGCUAAGCUAGCCCAAACAGUUCCACUCGACAUUGUGAACGCAAUCAAAGUUGAGCGAAGGACAACCCGUUUCACCAAUCAUCCAUCAAAAGGUUCUCGUGAAAGUCUUUCUUCUGGUGGAAGUUCAUCUAUUUCUACAACCAGUCCAUUAUCGAAAGGACCGAGAAUAUUGAAAACUGUGAGACCAAAUCGGGGUGGAAUCUCCGUUCAAAGCACGAAAAUGCCGCGGAAGGUUGAAGUCCGAACGAGUAUCAUCAAUACAGAAAAUUUGGAUAAUCGUUUUGAUGUAACAACUUCUCUUCAAGGAACGAAGGGAAAUGUGGGGAAAAUCGAAGAAAACGUGGCAUUGCUGGAGAUCUCAAAAAGCAAAACGGAGAAGAUUCCCUUCCAAACUUGUGACAAAUGUUCACUUCAUAGAUCAUGGCUUGCUGUAGCAGUGAUAAUUCCAUGCAGUGGACGGGCUCAUUUGAUUGAUGGGCAUUCGAAAAAACUCUCUCCAAUUCCGACAACUUCUCUUCAAUGGAUGACAUUAUUAGGUGAUCGAUUGAAAGGAAAAUCAUCCAUUGAUUAUCCCAAUCUUCGUCCAUGUUCUUCAUGUUUGGCAACAAUCAAUCGACUCUCAACAAUAUUUGAUGUUCCUCCAAAGAAAGAAUGUCGACCAACAGAGAUUGAAAGAGUGAGAAGAAGAGCUCUGGCAAUGUCCGACGAACAUAUAGGAGAGAUAUUCUUUGGAGAAACACGGCAACCAAAUCGAGAUCAAUUGGAGAAAACAUCAAUGACAACAAAGAAUGGGAGAAGUGAUGAAUUGAAGGAGAUAGAAUCGAGAAGCCUAAGGCCAAAUCUUCAUGUUUUCCUCGAAGGUGUAUCAAAUUCAUUGUUACUCGCAAUUUCUGCCUGUUGUCUGGGAGUUGAAGAAUUAUGUGAAACGAUGAUGAAAAGUGACUGGAAAGGAGAAAAUGGAGAGAAAUUUGUGGAAAUGCUCACAACAAAUGAAUGGUCAAUGUUAACAUCAAUUCAUCAUUUCCUUUUAUCAAAGAAAGCGAAUGGACCAUUGAUGUCAUUACAGUCCCUGAAAGCGAUCCUUCGAGAACAUCACUUUGCCGAUUUCAUUCAAUUGGAUCAACCCGGACUAGAAAAGGAGAAAUCACAAGAAAAACCGGUUUCAACUCUUCCUCCUCGUCGUCCUCCAGUUUCCUCAAAACCAGUGAUUGUUAAAUCAUGGAUUGCUGAUAUGACUAGGAAUUGUCUCCUUUGCACCCUCUCUUUGCGGACUGUUGUUGGUGGAACGGAUUGCGGUGUCGUUGCAUAUUAUUGUGGUCACUCAUUUCAUGUGGUCUGUGCUCAAGGAAUCUCAUCGAAUCCACCCAGUCCUCCAGCAUCAUCAAUCGCACCAAAUAUUUCAUCGACUGUUCCAUCUACAUGCAUUGCUUGUCGAAUUCGAUCGAGAAACACAAUGAAUUCAUUAACGAAAAAA